UCAAUGUAGUGGGUUGUUUUAUUUCAACUCUUGUUUUUCCAGUAUCCUAGUUUUCCUUUUUCUAUACCGUUUGAUACCUUCACACACAUUAUUUUUCAUCUAUUACUGCCGCCCCACAUAGGACUAUUUGUAACCAAAACAGCUGGACACCAAUAUCUGGAGCCAAGACCGUGUGGAAGCAAAUAGAGCACAGGAAUAAUAGCAACAGGGCCAGCGAAUACUCACGGUUUGCGGCUUGGUGGGACAUCACAUUGGGCGACGCACCGAGCAGCCGCCCCUUGAGAAGACAGCAGAGGCCUCCCCUCUUCAUUCUUACUCGUAGCGUGUAUUAUCUAGCACAAAGAGAACAGCGUUUGUACAUAUGACGAAAAGCACUAGUAACAUGAUGAGCGACAGCGACUCAGACUUCCGGGUGACGAACCCAGGAAUGCAUGCAAUGCGACUACUGACACGCAGCGUAUCGCGUCACACGCGACGGAUCCUGCAGGCAAGUCGCGACAAGCCAGCUGAGGAGGAACUGGCGACGGGCGCCGGAUACUAUACAUAUGAGUUCAGCGAGCAGCAGCAGCAGCCGCCGCGCGGGCCGCCGCUGCCAUCGGGGAUUCACCGGCGGUCAAUGAGCUUCGACAAUCUGGUAGUAGGGACGUUGCCGCGGCGGUCAACGGCACCAGUGGCCGAUAGCCCGCGGACGAUGCCCGGCGACGUCGCGCUGCCGAGCGCAUCGACGUGGAACUCGGGGUCGACGAUGACCAGAGCCAUGGCGGCAUUGGCGCGGCCGCUUAGCCAGCAGGCUGGCGGCGAGCAGCGCGCGCAGUGGCUGGCAGCACUCAACCACCCAUUGGCCACCACCAUCGACUCGGAGUACUACCGCACCAGUCUGUCGGUGCCCGCCAAGGCACUCACGAUCGACACCAGCGCUUUCGGCUCUGCUCAGCCGGCGGCAUACCGCGAGAGCUUCUCGGGCCCGGCGCAGCUGGACGCCGAGCGGUCCGAGUCGUCGCGCAGCUCGCUGUUCCAGGCGCCGCCAUUCCACGACCGGCGGGCACAGCUCAGCGAGUCGGAUAUUGCGAUGGCGAUGCGUGACUCGCCGACGGCGGUGGCACGUGGGUUCUCGUUUAAUGGCCAGGUGGGGCAGCACAGCCCCAUGGCAGACCAGCCCAAUACAGCACCCCCCACCAGCGCAUGGCCCGCAGUCCGUACAAUCGAGGUGCCGGCCCGCAUGGCAGACGACGAUUUGGGGCGGAGGGAGUCGCGUCGGCGCGGGCACAUGCAGCGGGUAAUCGAUGGGAUCUCACGCGGAUUCAGUCGGAUGCGCACGCGGCGCAGCGCCUCGCAGCCAGCGACAGGCGCGCGAGACCCGGCAGCGCAUUGCCGAUGCAGUUCAGCGCGAGAUGGCCCAGCUGCCGUCACCGCAGCACAUGUACUUCCGGUACAAUGUCGACCCGGCGGCACCGGUGGCCGACCGCACGAGCAUCAGCGACUCGCCGAUGGUCAACACGCCUACAGUCAGAGCGCCGACGCACCGCCGCAACCCGACGUUCCCGUCACGCACCUUCGACGAGAUAGUGCAGUCGGUGGAAGAGCUCCCGCAUGUGAUCAAGUCUUCGCCGGUGUUCAGCACCGAGUCGCUGGCGCGCCUGUACGGGAGCGAGUCGGCUGGUGACAUACCGCAGGUAUUCCCAGCAUCAGCUAGCCACUCGGCGGAUGGACUAGCGGGCGGCGUGUCGGUGGC